AUGUCCAAAGCAUCGCAACCAGAGCUAAAAAGAUAUAUGGAAAAAAGAAUGUUUAUCCAACUUAAUGGAGGUCGCAAAGUAACUGGUGUCUUGCGUGGUUAUGAUCCUUUUAUGAAUUUAGUUGUAGACGAUACUAUUGAAGAAGUAUCAGCUACAGAGAAGCACAAUAUCGGUAUGGUAGUAAGUAUUAAAGACGAAUAA